GUCUCGCCUCAGAGACAGCCGCAGGGAUUGGAUUCUGCGCCAGCGCCACGUCAGGGGAGGCUGGCUGCGCCCCGCCGUCGGGGGAGGAGAGAACCGGCCGGCCGGCGGCUGCAGCAGAGCGACGGGCGGAGACGCACUGAGCGCAGCUCGGGGUUCCGAUUCAUUCUCCUCAGCGUCGGAUUGCGGUAACUCGAAGACAUGUCCGCUGUGGUGAAGGGCGGCAGGGCCGGGUACCGGGGCAGUGUGAAAGCCUCCCAGAAUUUUUCGGCCAAUCAGGAUGCGGAGAUUCUCUACAACGCUAUGAAAGGAAUUGGCAGUGACAAGGAGACCAUCAUUGACCUCCUGACCACCAGGUCAAAUGCACAGCGGCAGCAGAUCUACACGAGCUACAAAACUCUCUACGGAAGGGAUCUGAUCGGGGAUCUGAAGUAUGAGCUGACGGGCAAGUUUGAGAGGCUCAUCGUGGGACUGAUGAAGGCGCCAGCCGAAUAUGAUGCCAAGGAGCUGAGGGAUGCCAUCCAGGGUCUGGGAACGGAUGAGAAGUGUGUGAUUGAAGUUCUUGCAUCCAGGAACAACAAACAGAUUCAUGCGUUGACCAGUGCCUACAAGGAAGUGUAUGAAUCCGAUCUGGAAACUGAUGUUGUUGGAGACACAUCUGGACACUUUAAGAAGAUGUUGGUGGUGCUGCUGCAGGGAACCAGAGAGGAGGAUGAUGUUGUGAGUGAGGACCUUGUGGCUCAGGAUGCCAAGGAGCUGUACGAAGCCGGGGAGCUCCAGUGGGGAACGGAAGAGAGCACAUUUAUCACCAUCCUGGGAAGCCGUAGUUUCUGCCACCUUCGGUUAGUGUUUGACGAGUAUCAGAAUAUCGCCGGGAAGGAGAUUGAAGACAGCCUGCGGGAUGAGCUUUCGGGAGACUUUCAGAAGCUGAUGUUGACAGUGGUCAGAUGUGCCAGAAACAAGCCGGAGUACUUCGCUUCCCGACUCUUCAAGGCCAUGAAGGGUAUGGGAACACGGGACAACACUCUGAUCCGAAUCAUGGUGUCCCGUAGCGAGAUCGACAUGCUGGACAUCCGUGAGGAGUUUCGGAAGAAGUACGAGAAAUCACUGCACAGUAUGAUCCGGAGUGACACCUCUGGGGUGUACAAGCGAGCUUUGCUGCGGCUGUGUGGCGGUGACGACGAUGUUGCGGGUGAAUUUUUCCCUGAGGCCGCGCAGGUUGCCUAUCAGACCUGGGAACUCAGUGCCACUGCAAGAGUCGAGCUGAAGGGGACGAUACGCCCAGCUGCCGACUUCAAACCUGAGGUGGACGUAAAGGCCCUCCGCAAGGCGAUGAAAGGAAUAGGCACUGACGAGGAGGCGAUCAUCAACAUAAUUUCCCAGAGGAGCAAUGCACAAAGACAGCAUCUCCGGCAGCAGUUCAAAUCCCAGCUGGGCCGGGACCUGAUGGCCGACCUGAAGUCUGAGGUUGGUGGAAACCUGCAGCGCAUCCUCCUGGGCCUCAUGAUGACUGCCGCUGAGUUUGAUGCCAAACAGCUUCAGAAGGCAAUGAAGGGUGCGGGCACGGACGAACGGGCCCUGAUCGAAAUUCUUACCACAAGGACAAAUCAUGAGAUUUCGGACAUCAAGGAGACCUACAAGGAGGCCUAUCACAGCAGUUUAGAAGACGAUGUCGGCUCUGAAACGUCUGGUCACUUCAAGAGAUUCCUUAUUUCACUAAUCCAGGCCAAUCGAGAGGAGGGUGACGCAGAUUUGGCUCGUGCAGCAGAAGAUGCCAAGGAAUUGUGCAGCUCCAGUGAUGAGGAAUCUGCCUCAAUGGAAUCGAAGUUCAUCAGUAUACUGUGCACCAGGAGUUACGCCCACCUCAGGAAGGUAUUUCAGGAUUACAUUAAACUGACCAACAGGGACAUCGAGCAGGCCAUCAAGACCGAGAUGUCGGGAGACCUAAUGUACGGGCUGAUUGGAGUCGUGCGUUCCAUCAAGAACAAACCGUUGUUCUUUGCGGAGCGGUUAUACAAGUCCAUGAAGGGAGCCGGGACGGAUGACAGGACUCUGACCAGGAUCAUGAUUUCCAGAAGUGAGAUCGACUUGAUGAACAUCCGCCAGGAAUUCAAGAAGAUGUACGAUGCCUCACUGCACUCCUUCAUCGAGAGUGAUACGUCGGGGGACUACAGUAGCGUUCUUCUAGCGCUGUGUGGUGGAGACGAUUAGAAAUGGUGGUUCCACCCUAUCAUGUUGGUGAUGUCCUUCGCCGCAGGAAGAAUGUCAGGACAGGGUCAUCUUGGGACAAAAUGCCAACGUUUCCAGUCCACCCCCUCCCAACCCCACAACCUAUCCCUGCAGCAAGAGCCUGGGUUGGGAUCGAGCUGACCCCCACGUGUGUCACUGUGCAUGUGAUUCUGCUCUCUUUGUUCCCAAAGCACCGAAAUCCUCACCGGGACUCUGCCAGAAGGUCAGAAUUCUCUGAUCCGGCCCCAGUCCAGGGAGUCAGCGAACUUCAGGUUCUGUGGAUCGACCCCUCCGGAUCUGUGAUCUGGCUCCUGCCAUUGGUGGCUUGCAGUACGUGACCUUUGACUGCUGCUUUUCAGUGGUGGAUUUUACCCUGUUCCUUCAUCCCUUGUCCCA